CUCUCUGUCUGUCCGUCCCAGUGUUGCCAUUCCGACGCACAGCCCCCGACGGAGGCGCAACAGCUAAGCGGAGUUGCCCAAGUGGACUUCCUUUAGAACCUCCGGUCCAGUCCCCACGUCUUCGAAUGCGGGUUCCUCCCACCUCCCAACCUAAUUCGGUGCGCGUGGGGUGGGAGGACAGCAACCCCGGAGUGAGAUAAAGAGAGAAAGACAGAGAUGCGCCCGUGGUCAGAUGCUGGUGAAGUCAAAUCACGGGAAUGAGACGGCGCCCAGUCACUGGAAUAACGGGACGUGAGUGAAUAACGCGGGGGUUUAAAAAAAAAAAAAAAAAGCAACAGUAACAACAAAAGACACUUGAAUGAUGCUGGAAUGGUGCGGCAGGAGCCCUCCGUGAUAUGAGUGAGGAACACAAAGCCCCGCAGCGGUGAUCACUGUUUGAGCCCACCAUCCAUCCUUCCUUCCAUCCAGCCAGCCAGCAGCCAUCCUGAGGGUCUCUAUUCAUGUUACAAAAGCCUGGCUCCUGACAAUGGAUUACUUGCUGUGGGUGUGCAGCCUCCUCGUGCCAAUGGUGUUGGCUGUUGAAGAAACGCUUAUGGACAGUCGGUGGGCGACAACGGAGCUGGCCUGGACUACAUUCCCAGAAAGUGGGUGGGAAGAAGUGAGUGGCUAUGAUGACUCCAUGAGCCCCAUCAGAACCUACCAGGUGUGUAAUGUCCGACAGCCCAACCAGAACAAUUGGCUCAGGACGGACUAUAUCCCCCGCAGGGGUGUACUUCGUGUCUACGUGGAGCUCAAAUUCUCCGUGCGCGACUGUGCCAGCAUCCCAAACAUCCCCGGCUCCUGCAAAGAGACGUUUAAUCUGUUUUACUACGAGUCGGACGGGGACACGGCCACGGACACCACCCCCCUGUGGAGGGAGAACCCUUAUGUGAAAGUGGAUACGAUCGCCCCCGAUGAGAGUUUCUCUCUCCUGGAAGCUGGCAGGAUCAACACUAAAGUACGCAGCUUUGGCCCCCUGUCCAAGUCGGGCUUCUUCUUGGCCUUCCAGGACCUCGGAGCCUGCAUGUCACUGAUCUCGGUUCGGGUGUUCUUCAAAAAGUGCUCCACCACCAUUGCAAAUUUUGCCGUCUUCCCUGAGACUGCCACGGGGGCGGAAGCGACUUCCUUGGUCAUUGCGCCGGGGGCCUGUGUGACAAACGCAAUGGAGAUGUCCGUCCCGCUGAAGCUCUACUGCAACGGUGACGGAGAGUGGAUGGUUCCGGUGGGCGCGUGCACCUGCGUCGCUGGCUAUGAACCCUCCGCCGAUCGCGCCCAAUGCCAAGCUUGCAUCCCUGGGACUUUCAAAUCCAAAUUCGGUGAUGGUUCCUGUGUCGCGUGUCCGUCCAACAGUCGCACGGGUGCCCGAGGAGCCAGUGUUUGUCCCUGCCAAAGUGGGUUCUACCGCGCUGAUAGCGACCCACCUGACACCGCCUGCACGACUAUCCCAUCGGCUCCCCGCAAUGUAAUUUCCAGUGUGAAUGAGACCUCGCUGUCCCUGGAAUGGGAGGAACCCGAAGACAGCGGUGGCAGGAAUGACCUGGUGUAUAACGUGGUGUGUAAGAAAUGCCUGCGGGACCGCAGCCCGUGCACGCGCUGCGACGACAACGUGGACAUCUCCCCUCGAAGGCUGGGGCUGCGGCAGAGGAAGGUCGUGGUGAGGAAUCUGCAGGCUCACACCCGUUACAGCUUUGAGGUGCAAGCGGUCAACGGUGUCUCCGGGAAGAACCCCACCUCUCCGCGUUACUCCACAGUCAACAUCACCACCAACCAGGCCGCACCGUCCGCAGUCCCAACAGUCCAUCUGAUGCGUUCCACGGCAGACACUCUGAGUCUAUCAUGGUUGCCUCCGGAGAAACCUAACGGGGUCAUUCUGGACUACGAGAUUAAAUACCACGAAAGGGGCCAGGCUAUGUCACACACGGUCACGUCCCAGCACAGCUCAGCCAAGGUGGAGGGGCUGAGGGCCGCCACGCCCUACGUUGUGCAGGUCCGAGCUCGCACUGUCGCAGGAUACGGUCGCUACAGCAACCCCAUGGACAUCAGCACCAGCCUGCACAGUGAUCCUCAGAAGUCUGUGCAGGAUCAGUUGCCUCUCAUCAUCGGUUCCGCCUCCGCAGGGUUGGUGGUCAUUGUUGCCAUGGUGGUAAUUGCUGUUGUCUGCCUCAAGAAGCAGCGCAGUGGAUCGGAGCUGGAGUACACAGAGAAACUGCAGCAGUACAUUUCUCCAGGUGUGAAAGUGUACAUUGACCCUUUCACCUACGAGGACCCCAAUGACGCCAUCCACGAGUUUGCGAAGGAAAUCGACAUUUCCUGCAUAAAGAUUGAAGAAGUCAUCGGUGCAGGCGAGUUCGGCGAGGUGUGUCGUGGUCGGCUUAAGCAGGCCGGCCGCAGGGAGAUGGUGGUGGCCAUCAAGACCCUGAAAGCGGGCUACACGGAGCGCCAGAGGCGGGACUUCCUAGCCGAGGCGUCCAUCAUGGGCCAAUUCGACCAUCCCAACGUCAUCCGGCUGGAGGGCGUGCUGACACGGAGCUGCCCCGUCCUCAUCAUCACAGAAUUCAUGGAGAAUGGCGCGCUUGAUUCCUUCCUGCGGCUGAACGAUGGCCGCUUCACAGUGACUCAGCUGGUGGGGAUGCUGCGGGGCAUCGCCGCAGGAAUGAAGUACCUGUCGGACAUGAACUAUGUCCACAGAGACCUCGCUGCCCGCAAUAUCCUGGUCAACAGCAAUUUGGUGUGCAAGGUCUCAGACUUUGGUCUGUCACGCUUUCUGGAUGACACUUCAUCUGACCCCACUUACACAAGCUCACUGGGAGGGAAAAUUCCCAUCCGGUGGACGGCGCCAGAGGCCAUCGCCUUCAGGAAGUUCACCUCUGCGAGCGACGUGUGGAGUUAUGGCAUCGUUAUGUGGGAGGUGGUGUCGUAUGGAGAAAGACCCUACUGGGACAUGAGCAAUCAGGACGUGAUGACCGCGGUAGAGCAGGACUACCGGCUUCCCCCGCCCAUGGACUGCCCCAUGGUGCUGCACCAGCUCAUGUUGGAAUGCUGGAUGAAAGAGCGCAACCUGAGGCCCAAGUUCUCUCGCAUCGUCAACACGUUGGACAAACUGCUGCGCAACGCCGGCAGCCUCAAGGUGGUGACGAGCACGUACUCGGGGGACCUGCUGAGGCUGGGAGGAACGCUGCCGGGACACAACAGGAAAAGUCCGGACAGCAGCGAGGAAAUUGUGCGGCAGCAAAUGAGCCAAACUCUCCCCAUCAGAGUGUGAGCUCCCGCCAAAGCAACCUCGUGGAGACGGAACGCUCAAAAGAAACUACCUAGAAAACUCUUGAGGCGAAGAGCCCGAUGUAAAAUUACCAGAGGGAAGCUCCCACUGCACAGGAAGGACCACUCGGAUUACUUUGUGCGAGCGCUCGGAGACUUUGUGUUAAAAGAGAACGUUCCAUUGCGGUCUGUAUGUAUGUGUGUGUGUGUGUGUGUGCGUGUGUUCUUCAUUGGUGGUUUUGUGACUGUUGACAUCAAGCCAAACUUCUUCUGGGCCCUCUCAGGUUGUGUUUGCAUGUUUGCAUGUGUUUUCUGCUGGUUGGGAGCCAGUUGGGCUUCUCUUCGAGAAACUUAGGAUGAGGGUCUGGAAGGAUCCGACAGUGCCAAGAUUCAAAGACAGCUGUUGUAGGUGUCUUUUUAGUUUUGUUCUUUCCAGUAUCAAUUGGGAAUCGUAAAACAAAAAAACAAACAAAAAAAAAGACAUGGAAAAAGUAACUCAUUAUUUUGUUGCAAAGACUGAGCAGUAUAUCGAGCUAAAUUGUGGCAACAUAGCGUGAAACUGUUUAUCACCAGGAAAGUUUUCCUGAUUUUUUUUUGUGGUGGUGGGGGCGAGGCUAUAUAAAAACUUGAGCGCCUUUAUUUGCGUCAGUGGUUGUUCAUUGUAACUGCAAGUGACUCACAUCCAUUCCGACCAGUUAGCACAUGAAUUUAGCUCGCUAGGUAUGCCGCCAUCUCAAAAAUGCAUCUUCCCGGGAUGUCACCCUUUUCAGAACAGCUCAGUGUUGUCAUUUAAAUUCCCGAAUUUCAAAUGAAGUCAAAUGAAGCCCGAGAGCCCGUAAGCUUGCCGGCUAGCUCGUGGCGAGCUACUGUCAUUGCGUUUUGGAUUUACUCAAAUUUGGCAGAGUUUGUUAAAAAAAACUCUCUUCACUGUGGUGUGUCUAACAUGGAAGAUAUUUAUUUUCACUUUACAGGAACUUGGAAUUGGUCCGGUUUAUGUGACCCGUAUGUUUGAUGAAUUUACUUAGCUUGUUAGUCGCCACAGUCAGUCCAGACCACCAGCUAGCAGCUUCACUUAUCGGAGGACAGGACAGGACAGGACUGGAGUCCCAAAAGAUAGAGGUACCUAAGCAGCCUUCUCUUCUGUGCCUUCAUGCGCUCCCGGAAGGAUUCUUUCACGAUCCUCCACAGCUUUCGUCGACGUAACAGUCCCCUUGAGGACCCAUGAGCUUGAGAAAUCGGAAAUGCAUUUGACCGACUGUGGUUGCUAACCUGCUAGCGUAUCUUUUGAGGAAUCCCAAUUGCCAAAUUUACGGGUCCCGUAAACACAACCAAAUACUCAAAUCAAACUCUGUCUUCUGGCAUGUUUUUUUUUUUUUAA